GUUCAUAUUCAGACGAUGAUUUACAGAUGAAAUUUGUUGCAGGUAUGUUUGUACGCGAUUUACCUAAAUUUACCGUUAAAGAUUUUCCCAGUUUUAGUCUUGAUGGAUGGAUUCAAAUAGAGUUCCAACGCCAUGGGGACUUUUUGGAAAGUCCUCUGUCUAUUGACAUUCAUUUCGACGGCUACCUCAAAGUUGCCACGGAAGCCUCAUAUUGUGUUCAUGAUUGUUGAUGACCUUGGUUGGAGUGACGUCUCCUUCCAUGGUUCCAAGCAAAUACCUACACCAAAUAUUGAUGCUAUUGCGAGAGACGGAAUAAUUUUGAAUAAUUAUUAUGUUUCUCCCACCUGUUCUCCGUCGAGAGGGUCAUUAAUGACCGGAAAAUAUCCUCUUCGUCUUGGUUUCCAACACGAAGUGAUAAUAGCUAAUACUCCUUGGGGAUUACCUUUGGAAGAAAAGAUUUUACCUCAGUAUAUGAAGUCGCUGAAAUACACGACGCGCGGAAUCGGAAAGUGGCAUUUAGGAUUCUUCAAAGAAGAUUACCUUCCCAUGAAGAGAGGUUUCGAUUCGUUCUUCGGAUAUUGGACUGGAGUGGAGGACUAUUUCACUCAUUUUUCAAAUACGCGAAAUGCCACCGGACUUGAUUUGCAUGACAACUUCAAAAAUGCUUGGGAAUAUAAUGGUACCUACGGAACAGAAUUGUUUACGGCAAAAGCAAAAGAAGUGAUUAUGGAACAUAAUCCAGCGAAGCCGCUUUUUCUUUACAUUGGACAGCAAGCUCCACACAGUGGAAAUUUUGAUAAGCCUCUACAAGUACCGGAAAAAUAUGUGAAACCUCUUGUAGGUAUUGCUGACGAAAAAAGACGGACAUUUGCAGGAAUGGUUUCAGCACUCGAUCACUCAGUUGGAGAAAUAUUUGAUGCUUUAGAGAAAUCCCGCAUGCUUGAGAACACAAUUUUUGUUUUCACAACGGAUAACGGAGGAGCAGUUGAAGGUACAGAUGGUUCUUAUGGCUCAAACUGGCCAUUGAGAGGUAGCAAAUACAAUCUUUGGGAAGGCGGAGUGAGAGGGGUAUCCUUCAUGUGGAGCCCUUUUCUUAGACAUCGAAGUCGAGUUUAUAAUGAACUGAUGCAUAUCAGUGACUGGUUGCCUACAUUGUUAUCUGCUGCAGGGGGAGCAGAGAUAGUGAAGUCCCUGAAAGGGAUAGACGGAGUUGAUCAAUGGCCAUCCUUAGUACAUAAUGCACCGUCGCCGAGACACGAAAUUCUUCACAACAUUGAUCCAAUUGAUGAUGUGGAAGGGAUUCGAGUGCAUAAUUUCAAGUUGGUCAAAGGCAGUUAUUACAAGGGACGCUUUGAUGGAUGGUAUGACAAGAAUGGGAAGCCCAUAAAAGAUGUUGUUCCUAUAGAGUCGAAAGUACUACUUAAGCUAUACAAAAGGAAUUACAAAAAAUAUUUAAAGAGAUCCAAAGCAGCUCGAAUAUUAUGGAGAAAAUACCGAAAAGAUCCUCGCUUAGCCUACGCAUGUCUUGUUCCGGGAUGUAAUGAAUUACUGCAAGUAAAAUGCGGAUCGUUGCCUCCAAGCGUCGAUACCUGUAAGCCCGAAGAAGGACCGUGCCUUUUCGACGUGCAUAAUGAUCCUUGCGAAUUCUACAAUAUCGCAGACCAACUUCCGGAGGUUGUAGCUCAGCUACAAACGUCUAUGAACAAGUACAAAGCUAUUGCAAAAGAUCCAGCUGGUGUGCCACCUGACCAUGCUGCCGAUCCAAAAUUACACGGGAAUGCGUGGAUGCCUUGGAAAUAGAAAUAUCACUUCAAUAACACGAAGUUACAUUAUUUUACUUAUUCAGUUUCGCAACAGUAACCACACAAUGGCUUUAUUAUUUAACAAAUUAAAACAUGGACUACAUUGUUUCAACUAAGUUUUAAGUUCAAUGUACAUCGAUUUACUAAUAAAAUACACGUCUAGAG